AUGAGGCCCACAGGAGCCCGUGCCUCCCCUGCCAACCAGGUAAGUGGGGGUGGAGCCCGGUCCAAGAGUCUGGUGAUGGGGGAGCAGCAUGGGCUCCCCUUCCGGCCCUGUCCCCCCUGCCCACAGGAGCGAGUGCUGAAAUGCGGCUGGCUGAAGAAGCAAAGAAGCCUCAUGAAAAACUGGCAGCAACGAUGGUUUGUGCUCCGAGGAGAACAGCUCCUCUACUACAAGGAUGAAGAGGAGGCCAAGCCACAGGGGUUCAUCUCGUUGCAAGGCGGGCAGGUACAUGAAGUUGCCCCGAAUUCCGAGGAGCCAGGGAAGCACCUCUUUGAAAUUGAACCCGGCGGCACAGGAGACCAUGAUAAGAUGCCCUUCGGCCAGGAAGCCUUCUUGCUCAUGGCCAGCUCCCAGAAUGAAAUGGAGGAUUGGGUGAAAGCUAUCCAGCGGGUUAUUGGGACACCCAUCUGUAGAGGCAUCUUCGGUCAACGCUUGGAAGACACAAUCGAGUAUGAAAAGAAGUAUGGACGACAUUUGGCUCCACUUUUGGUGGAGCAAUGCGCCGAUUUUAUCCGGGAGCACGGCCUCUCUGAGGAAGGGCUCUUCCGCAUGCCUGGGCAAGCCAAUCUCGUGAAAGACCUGCAGGACUCCUUUGAUUGUGGGGAGAAGCCUCAUUUGGAUAGGAACACUGAUGUCCACACAGUCGCAUCUGUCCUAAAGCUGUAUCUCCGGGAGCUGCCGGAGCCUGUCGUUCCCUUUGCCAGAUAUGAAGAUUUCCUGUCCUGUGGGCAACUGCUUUCCAAAGACAGAGGAGAGGGCACCCAGGAACUGGCAAGGCAGGUAAAAAAUCUUCCACAGGCCAACUACAACCUCCUCAAGUAUAUCUGCAAAUUUCUUGAUGAAGUUCAGUCUCACUCCAGUUUUAACAAGAUGAGUGUCCAGAACCUGGCUACCGUGUUUGGUCCGAAUAUCCUCCGUCCCCCGAUAGAAGACCCAGUAACUAUAAUGGAAGGGACUUCCCACAUUCAACACUUGAUGACUGUUUUGAUCAGUGAGCACCAACAGAUCUUUGGUGCCUCUUCAGCAGAAGGAUCAGGAGUUCCAGCGGACCCUCCUGCCUCUGACUGGGUCUCGAAGGAGGGCAGAGGAGGGGGCCAAUGGGAAAACCACAUUUCAGGCCCUGUUUGUUUGUCUUCAAUGGGGACUCCUUCCUCAGUCCAGCCUUCCACCCAGGAGCCUCUGAGCCAAGGAAGCCACAGUCCAGCUGCCGCAAGUCCUGGCACAAGACGGCAGACUUUAUCCACCGGGAGACACUUCUUCCGUCAGCCUGGGAAUCCGUCACUCAGUCCCAAAGAGGGCAGCUCUUCUGUGGAUAGCCCCAGUUUACCUUCUAAUGGGAAUUGGCUUCGGAAUGGAUUGUAUCCUCUUCAAAGUCACCGAAGGGCACCCUCGAGAGGGCGGAUCAGGGACUCCAGUUCCUCCCAUAGACUUUCCACCUAUGACAACGUCCCUGCUGCCAAUCUCCCUCUCAACAUCGGUGCCUCCGGGGAAGGCUCUCUGGCCGGGGAGUCUGUCAGCAGCUGUGCCGCCUGCAGGGCAAGCGACUCCUCUGCUCUGAGCUUCCUUCAGAUGGAGUGGGCCGCACGCAGCUCCUUGCCACACAGCGUUGGCUACUUGGAGACCAGCACUGAGUGGUCCGAUGCCCGCUUCAGCAGCAGCAGCAGUGAACCCAAGAGCCUGGCAGCUGCUUCUAGGGACUCCGUUGCCUGCUCGGGAGCCCUGCAGAGCCUCGUGGUGGAGCUGAAGGCAGAGCUGAGCAAACAAAAGAUCGAGUAUGAGGCCAGUAUUAGAAGGAUUGAAGAAACAAGCACAGAACUGAGGAAGCUGGUGGUGAAGUUAGAAGAAGAACUAGAUCAAGAGAAGAAGAAAUACAUGAUGUUGGAGAUCAAACUGAGGAACUCUGAGCGAGCCUGUGAAGAUGCAGGCAAGAGAAAUCAACUCCUGCAGAAAGAGAUGGAAGAUUUUUUUGCAACAUUAGCAAAUUUAACUACAGAGAGCCCAGCAGCCAAAGCACCAAAGUAAGAUAGGCAGCAAGGAAGACUCUGCCCCGCCCGACCCUUCCACUUCAUUCUAGCAGAAUGUAUACCUAAGAGAAUGCUUCCAUGGUAUGCAAAGACCUUUGCUAUUCUACAGGUUUAUGAAGCUAUCAGGGAAACUGGAGACAGAAAUUGCUGAGGAAGAGGUGGAGAUAAGCUUCUUGUUUCAAACAGAAGCAGGCUCAUUCAUCAGACAUGGUUGUGUUUGUAUUUUAGUGCCAUUUCUUUGAAUGUGGUAGUGGGCACAGCUGCAAAGUGCCUGAUCUGAGUCAGGGCAAACCUCCACGGAAGGCAUACACAGGCUUCUCCAGUUGGAAGGCACAAUAUUGUUGGCCACAACAUUUAGCUGAUCUGUUAAAUUAAAACGAAC